ACUUGCUAAUCCCUGUCAGUCGUCUCCGUAGGAUAGGCAAUGUGAUCUGUCCCUAACUCCAUUCUCUAUUUUUGUGCUUCCCUGUGCUGCCAAGCCCCUGACGUAAUGCUUCGUGUUAAUUAUUAGCAUGUGGGAAGCAAUGCCGAGACUCUCCUCCGGUUAAACAAGAGUAACAGAAGGGAGCAAAGUUAGUCAAGAUGGCAAAACACACAGAUCCGGAGUGAAGGGGCACCGCUCCCCAAAAUUUUGAAUUCUGUUGCGCCCCGUUCAGCGAUCACUACCACCGAUGAAACCGUUCUUGGAAAGGUCUAAGGUGUUCCCCGCGGGACAUGACUACGACAGAAACGCUAGUGUGACGCUCUAAUCGCGGGGGGAAAGCCGAGUCUCCUUCCCACAAGGUAAACAAGACAAGGGCCAAGAGAAGGAAGCGCAUCGAGGCGGACACUUUGCCACGUUCCUUCUUUUUGAAAUCCACAAGGACAAGAUGCUGAUGAUGAAGAAGAGGAGAUGCUGAAGCAUCUGUAUUUUCCGUAACAAAAAAAAAAAGAAACAAACAAGUGAACGUAACCCUCAUGCAAAAGCCAUUGCUGGUACAGCACAGCGUGAGAAGACAGAAAGGCACAGCGUUGGGUUUUGGGCGAAGCGGCGGCGAGAUCUCCGCGUUUGACGAGCGUCGCCGGGGUGCCCCAUCGGCCGGUUUCUAGUCCCCUGGUGCCCCUCCUCCAGAUCAUGAUGUUUCGCGACCAGGUGGGCGUCCUGGCCAGCUGGUUCAAGGGGUGGAACGAGUGCGAGCAGACGGUGGCCCUCCUCUCGCUGCUGAAGCACGUGAGCCGGACCCAGGCCCGCUUCCUCCAGCUCUGCCUGGAGCACUCCCUCGCCGAGUGCACCGAGCUGCACGUGCUGGAGGGGGAGGCCAACAACCCGGUGGUUAUCAGCCAGUGGCAGAGUGAGCCCAAGGAGAGGGUCAUCUCCCUGGUCCUGACCCACCUCCCGCUGCUGAAGCCCGGGAACAUGGAGGCCAAGGGGGAGUACAUGCGCCUCCUGCCCAAGAUCCUGGCGCACACCAUCGAGCACGGGCGCCACCUGGAGGAGAGCCGGCAGCUGCUGUCCUACGCCCUGAUCCACCCCGCCACCUCGCAGGACGACCGGGCCGCCCUCGCCCUGUGGCUCACCCACCUGGAGGAGCGGGCGGCGGCCCGCGGGGCCGGGGACUCCCUGGAGCGGGCGCCCACGCCCCACCACCAGCACGCCCACCUCUACCCCCACCACCAGCGCUACGGCUCGGACGACCGGCUCAACGGCUGGCAGAGCUCCCGCGACUCGGGCCUGGGCGGCUGGCACCACCAGCCGGGCUGCGAGAACGGGCACCUGUCCCUCUACCCCUCCUCCUCCGUCCCCUCCACCAUCAACACCGUGGGCAUCGGCAGCGGGACCAACACCAUCGUGCCCGGAGGGCAGCACAGCCCCCUGAAGCGCUCCGUGUCCCUGACCCCCCCCAUGAGCGGCUCCGGCAGCCAGCCCCUGGGCCACGGCUGGCUGUCCCAGGAGGACCUGCGGGGGCGGGGGCCGGCCCCGGACCACGCGCCCCUCUCCCCCCAGAGCAGUGUGGCGUCCUCGGGCAGCGGGGGCAGCGAGCACCUGGAGGAGGGCCCCGGGCCCGGCGGGAUGGCGCACCGCAGCACAUUCCACGAGGAGGGCAGCGGCAUGAGGGAUGUUCCGGCGUGGCUGAAGAGUCUCCGCCUCCACAAGUACGCGGCCCUCUUCUCGACGAUGACCUACGACGAGAUGAUGUCACUGACCGAGCAGCAGCUGGAAUCCCGGAGCGUCACCAAAGGGGCCAGGCACAAGAUCGUCAUCAGCAUUCAGAAGCUGAAGGAACGGCAGAACGUCCUGCGCAGCUUGGAGAAGGACGUCCUGGAGGGGGGCAACUUGCGCACCCCGCUGCAGGAGCUCCACCAGAUGAUCCUGACGCCCAUCAAGGCCUGCAGCAGCGAGGAGUCGGGGCAGCGCCCCCUGCUGGCCAGCGACGGGAAGGGGAGCGUCCCCGGCGCGCACAUGGGGGAGGCGGAGUCGGGGGCGGCGGUCAUCGCCGAGGGGGACAUCCCCGCCCAGUUCACUCGCGUCAUGGGCAAAGUUUGCACACAGCUCCUCGUCUCUAGGCCAGAUGAAGAGAACAUUAGCUCCUACCUGCAGCUCAUCGAUAAGUGCCUGAUCCAUGAGGCUUUCACAGAGACACAGAAGAAGCGGCUGUUGUCAUGGAAACAGCAGGUGCAGAAGCUGUUCCGUUCGUUUCCGAGGAAAACCCUCUUCGACAUGGCGGGAUACAGGCCGCAGAGAAGCAGCCGUGGUUUCAGCCAGUCCAACUCCCUCCCCACCUCCAGCUGCGUGGGCAGCUCGGUGUCGGCCCGGCGGAACCUGCGGCACUUCCAGAUGCCGUCGCGGAGCCUGCCCGGCGUGAGGCACAACCUGCUGGGCACCACGGGCCUCCUGGGACCAACGCCGCGUAGCGCCAGCAGCACGCCCACGGGCCUGAAGCAGGGCCGGCAGGGCCUGUGGUUUGCCAACCCCGGGGGCAGCAACAGCAUGCCCAGCCGAACACACAGCUCGGUGCAGAGGACCCGCUCGCUGCCCGUCCACACCACGCCCCACACCAUGGUCAUGUUCCAGCAGUCAGAUAUACAGGUGGCCGUGACUGAACCAGACAUCAACAAUCGUCUUGAGUCUCUGUGUCUGAGCAUGACUGAGCACGCUUUGGGAGACGGGGUUGACCGGACAUCGACCAUCUGAGCCUGGAGUGAGGAGACCUGGGGAGAGAAGGCUGGCCAGGAGACCAGGGGAAAGGUCGCCCCGAGGUCACCAGGGUCUUCCUGCCUGCCCCUCUGUUCCCAAGCAGCCAAUAGGAGGAGAGGGGCGGAGGGAGUGCCCCCCCCCCCCCCCCCCAAAAAAAAGCUUGUUGCCAUUUCACAAAAAGGCUCCACAUAGGCAUGUGUCAUCAGUAUGAAACACGCGCCCGCUAUUUUUAGUGAACUAAACAAAAACACUAAAAAGACAUGUUUACAAGUAUCAGGGGGUUUAGAAAAAAAUGGAGAAGGGGAAAAAAAAACCUACACAAUACAAGGGAGAGACGAUAAAGGUCCUCCCUGUAAACGGGACUGUGUUGGAGGAAAGAGAAACCAAAGAGAAAGGCUCCCCCAAAGAGCUUUCACAGGGUCUCCGUGGCUGCGACCCUGAGCAGAGCGGCUAACUCCCAAGAGCGGUCGGCCGUUCUCUGGCCAGAAAGGAGGGGUGGGCAUUAGGGCUGCGAUGAACCCCCCCCCCCCCCCCAAAUCACAAAACGGCGCUCCCUGAUUGGGCUCGCCCUCAACCACGCCCAUCAACGUCAAAAUGGAGCCACCCUCUUGUCCAAAAAAACAGACAAACACACAAACAAUCAAAAAAAAAAAAAACAAACAAACAGACAAAUUCCACAAAAGCGCUUAGUUUGUUUGCUUUGUCGAUUGUUCAUUUGCUUUUUUAGGAAGGACAGUUUGGGAGAAGCUUUGCUUUGUACAGACGAUUGGGAAGAAACCAGUCAUCCAUGUAUGUAUUGUUUACAUAAAAUGCUACUAUUGAGGGUACCGAAACAUAAAUUUCAGGUAUGAAUGUUAUAAUUUUUCUAAGCAAUGGCAUAGUAUGUGCUCAUAGCUUUUUUUUUUUCCUUACAUUAGUUAUCGCCACAGUUUACAUGUAUGUUUUGCCUACCAGUAGAGAAGCUGAGAGGAAAGUUUCAUGUUGCAGGGAUUGAUGGGAAGUGAGUCAAAGAGGGUUAUGAGGACGAUGAAGAGUAAGAGGAGCGGAAAAGGGAAGUUAAAAGAGUACGGAGCCUGUGAGGAGGAUGUGAAAGGAAAGGAAACUGAGGUUUAUAUUUUUAUCCAGAACGGCCACUUUGAUCUGUAGUCAUAAGCACAUUUCACUUCCGGAAUCAGAAUGGCGGGAGGCUAGUCGUUUCAGGACAGGUUCUUUGAGCUUAGAAGCAGGUAUACGCCUUAAAAAUAGUUCUGAAAUGCUUGUUUUUUUGUCCUGUAGGUGCUUUGGUUCUGUAUAUCCGCUGUGUGCUUGCUGGGGAGAGCCGUACCUCGACCGUCUCUGUGAUUGCCGUUCCUAUUCGCUGCGAUCUUUAAUGAUACGUAGUGUGCGAUGUGUAAGGCUACGCAAUCCUUCGAUGGUAUGGAGUCGUGGUGGACCUGUGCUUGUCAUUAGCAGUGAGGCUUGGAGUUUUUAGCGCAGAGGAUAUGCAAGGGUGUGCAGUUGGUAUCUGUGUCUAGAGAGAUUUUAAGUUGGUAAGCGUUCCGUUGAGUAGAGCAGUUGUAGAUGGAUAUGAGGCAAGUUACUGUAAAAAAAAUCUUUGCUGAUUACAUUGGGGCAGAUAAACUGAUUAAUAUUCUCAUAUGUGAGGAAUACAGAUGGGAGAAGUGCUAUGUAGGCUGAUUGAUAUGAUGCUGAGAUGCUAAGAAUGUUUUUUUUUCUUCUUCUUCUUUUAUUUGGGUUCCAGCAUCAGUGAAGUCAGAUUAUUACAGCUCCAUGAAACUAUGUGAAUAAUUUCACUGUAAAUGUUAACAUUGGGUUUUAGUUCCACCUGGUGGCCAAAUACAGUAUAGUGCGGUUGCACAUUUUUAAAAUGAAUUAUUUUAAUGCUUUUAGAAAUAAAGCUUGACUUAUGUUCUUUUAAUUGCCAGUUUUGUCUUAAUUCAAAGCAUUAGUCAAUUUUAUUGAAUUAGAAAUAGCCUUAUAUUAUUAAAGGUUUUUAUUUUACGAUAAGCUCUUCAGUUUUGUAUAUGUUGUCACUUUUAACAGGAGCUGCAUUACUUUCACACUUAAGAAUUAUGGAUUUCUGUUUGCUAUCUGGAAAGGGUUUAUACUUAUAAGUUAAACAUUUUAGCUGGUGUUUCUUAUACAUGAAUUCAAUGUUCUAUUUUAGACGUUGAAAUUUUGUGUUUAAAGUUUGUGCUUAAAGUCACCAUGUAUUUUUUUCAUGCACUUGAUGCACUGAUAUUUUAGUGAAAAUAUCAAAAUCAAUGGCAACGUUGACAUUGUCUGGAAGUUAUAAAGGUGGGACUGGGAGCGAAGCUGUCUUCGGGCCUCAGGCCUGUGUCUGGUACCGCAGUCUCGGUAGUAUGAUAGCCUGCGCAAGUUCGCGGUUUUCGCUUGCAUAAACCAUCCCUGUUCACACUUCACCUCCUACCCUGCACACGCUUUUUGCGUUUUACCGUCUUUUUAAAGGAGGGUGCUUCUUCAGUGAGCAUUCACUUCAGCCAAAUCUGUCCAAAGACCUGCGUCCAAAGGAAAUCGACAGAGUCGAUGUAUGUUCUUGACGUGCCGGUCGUGCAGAGGGGUACUCCCCAUCUUUAGCAACAGAAAAUCGAAAUUAAAAUAAUAGUACCGGAGUGUGAGGGAUCAGGAGGGGCUGUGGUCUUGUCACAUGAUGCAGUCAUGUGACGUGCAGUUGUGUUGGCAUACGACAGAUCUUCCAUGGAAAAGCCCCGCCCCCACGCGCUGCUCGUACCAUGUUACACCUUGCAAUGGAAAACGUUAACUAACGCUGUCUGAGUUGAGAGGUGUAACGCUAGUUUUGGCUGUGUGUGAAUGAGAGAUGAACAGAUUGUGAAAAGGCAGUUUUCUUCCUCUUUGAAUAGGUUGGAACUUAAAGGUUUCAUUAGAGUUGUCAGAGAUAGAAAGAUAUUUUGUAACCACCCCUCCUUCCCUUCCCCCCAACAAGCUAGUGCCUCAUGCGACUUGGUGACAAAAAAUUGUGUAACUCAUGUUAACUUGGUCAGCAACAAAAGUGGUAUAGCUAGUAAACAUUAAGUGGCAUUAAAUGGGUUUUUGUUUUUUGUUUUUACGCUGUUGCUUCCUAAAUAGAUUUUAAUUUGAAUUAAAGCCACUUAAUGUCACUGCCAUAUGAAUAAAUACUAUUUGCAGAUUCAGAGCAUUAUUUAUUCUUUUUUAUAUUACUGUUGCAGAGGUGAUUAUUGUAUUCAUCAUUUAGAUGUAUUAUUUAAGAUACUGUAUGUAUUAACUUGCUAUGGCUGGUGACCAUAAGUACAUCUCAAAUAUUAACAUAGUUAUUUUUUGUUUGUUUGUUUAUUUUGAACUAUAAUCGCCUAUUUUCUUUGGUAGUAAAAGACAUAUCAGUUUUUCUAGGGGUAUUUUUUGUGCUUUCUGUUGAUUUUAUUGAUACUUAUAUCCCAGAAACCCAGAGCCCAGAAUGCCUAUAAUAGUGAGAGCAGGAGAUGAUUUCCUAAGGAGUCUGUCUGAGACACAGGUAGGGAUCGGAGAGCGUGCUGAUGAUGCGGCUUUAAGAAAGCAGCGGCACUCUCCACAACUCAGUUUAGUGCUGCGUGGUCAGCUAAAUGUUGAAUGAACACGUACCGGCAAAGCCUUUCCGUCUUCCCAAAGCAGCGUCUACAUCGCGAACAACCGAAAACUACUUUUUAAUCGAAGUUUUUUAUGAUCCCGUCACCUGGAACUGCGCGAGUGCGCGUGCCAAAGCCACGGGAAAUGACUAAGGAAGAGAAGACGGGGCGCGACAGGGGCAGCUCAGACCAGGACAGCGGUGGCUGUCGGAGACGGUUCGGGCGCUGGCUCCGGCGGCAGGACAGUGUGCAGGAACAGGACUGAAGAAGCAGCUGCUUACCGGGACUGUUUGUAAACUAUAAAGAAGCGAGAGGCCGGCGCGCGCACGUGAACCGUCCGCGGGAAUCUGGGGCCUCCCCUGGAGCUGCACUCUCUCUAUGGGACUCUGAUAGCGCAUUCAGCUCGAGGGCUUCCGGAUAUGAGUGUAACUGUAAACCUGCAGUAUUAACAGCAUAAUGCUACCUUGAUAUUCCAAAUUCAUCUUUUUUGUGUAAAUGAAGAUUAUAUAAUUUGUUUUUUUUGUUGUUUUUUUUCUAAAGCUUUUAUUCUUUUACUCUGUAUGGUUUGUAGGCUCUGCACAACUGUUUGCGUCAUUAUACAGUGACACUUCUGCAAACAUAGCAUUCAUACUGUAAUGAUAUAUUACCGCUUUACUGUGCGCCUUUUUUUUUGUUUUGUUUAGUUUUUUUUUUUUUUUGGUUAAUCUCAAGAGCCGGUGUCCUGUAUUGACUGCAGGCUUACAUAUAUAUUUGAGACAAAAUGGUGUAUGUUUGGAAAAAAAAAUGUAAAAGACAAAAAAUGGCAAAAAAAUUUAAAAGUUAAAAAAGGUAAUUUAUAUUUUAGAAAUGCAUGCUAAAGGCUGGAAAGUCAUAUCUAGAAUAACAAAUGGCAGUGCCUUUUUUUGUACCCAGACAUUUACCCAUUCUGUAAAUGAUUUUGUAUGGACUUUGAAAAUAAUGCAAAACUGGUGAUUACAGUGGUGUUAGGCGGUGGCAGUAGCGGAAUCAUGCAUAAUGCAUAUAAGGCAUUUGAUGACAUUUACAAAACUGUUACAGGCAAAGAAAAGUUGAACACUUUCUGUUGCUGGCAGUGUGCUGCCAGCUUUUGUCGUUAUCGUAUUCUGUAGGUACUCAUUGCUGAUGAUGUCAUGAACAUAUCUGUCUAUACAACAAACAGAUGUACAUAUGUGUGUGAAUGCUUGUGUGUGUGUCUUUGUAACUUUGUACAUACGUCUUCUCAAAAGAGUGUCCCAGUAUGCUGCGUCGUUGUGCGGACUUGUUUCCAGGCCUGCUACACGUUUUAGUCGAGGGAGAGAAAAGUCAGUGACUCGGUUCAAUUCUCGAUUGCUAUUUUCAAACUGUUUGUCCAUCAUACCCAUCAUCAGACUGUGUGUAGGUUUUUUAUAUUCAGCUUUAAGUACCCAUUUGUAUCAGACCAGAAAAUUCCAGGAAUUCCGCUCCAUCAAUGUUCCAUCCAAUUUCAUGCGUAAGUAGAACUUGCACAGUUGUUGCAAUGCCAGUGGAAAGCACCCUGGCAUUAGCUCAAGCCCAAAUUUUCCUAUGGGAUUUCUGCUUUUGCAUUUGUGUAUUUGGAAUACUCUUGGGAGAGAGAGAAUGCUGUAUGUGUUUUGAAUGACAGCACAAUGUGUGUGUGUGUGUGUGUGAUUGAUGUGUGAAUGAAUGUUUUUGUGGGGUCUGUGUUGAGCGCUUGACGUCUAUGUGACAACCACAGACAAAAAAGUAUUAAAGAAUAACAUUUAAACAGG